AUGGCUUUCGCAAUACAAGAACGUGACCAGGCACGAGGACAUGAGACGGCGUCGUAUGAAGUGAUCGAUGGAAAUUCUCAAGCAGAAGCGCUAGACCUUGAUGAUGAAGAUGUAAGAGUGCUUAUUGUUAUACACAGGCGACAAGCUGUGGACGAUGACGAAAAUGAUGAUGAGCCAAGGAUCGACCAUGACAUCUCCGUCGGCAACACUGAAGCAAAGGCGGCCACUGCUCCUGCUCGUGAGCCGCUGAUGUCGUUUGGGGAAGUUGUCGCCGUGCUCUCGAAUCCUUUUGUUGAAAACAAACGCUGCUUUGAGAGAAUUUGCGGAAUGCAUUCAAAAAACAAGGAAGUCGCACCAAUCGAUGAAAUGCUUGAGAAUGGUCUUCUGAACGCGCUCGACGACACGGUUCGAUUCAAAUUUGCCGAUUUGGUCGAUCAUCAACAUCGUUGCGAGAACAAAUUGAUGACUUUCAAAAGUUUCCCUUCUUUGCCGUCUCUUUUCAAAACAAAAACAAAUUCUGAAGAAAUCGAAGGUGUUCGAGGCACUUCAAUUGCUGAAAGUGAAUCACGAUCUGCACUCAUUCGUCCUGUUUUACCGGCCCAUCGCGUCGAGUAUCGGGGUGUCGAAGUAACGCUGUUCAACGCGAAGAUCGAGGAGAAAGACGGUCGGAUUGUGGCAUCACCCUAUCUUCUCGCUUUUUUUUCUCGAGCGACGAACUCGCUCGCUGUCGCUGCUUGGGUUUGGAAUGUACACACGGGGGAGUGUUUGCACACGCUGACGGGUCACACGAGGCCAGUUGAAUCACUUUUGUUUGAGCCAGAGCGCGAUCUUGUCGUGUCGGGUAGUGACGGAACGAUUCGCGUCUGGGAUGUGCAAAGAGGAACAUGCAUCGCACUUCUUGGCUGUCCUGAAGAUUUACCGUUUGCAGGUCGUCGCUUUGGGUUGCAGCUUCGCGGAAACAUUUUGGUCUCCCAUUACGACUCGGACAUUUGGGUUUGGGACAUUCGUGAGGGUGGCUCGUGCCUUCACCACUUACAUGGCGUAAAUGGUCAUACGUCGACCAUCACUUCAUUGCACAUCCUCGACUCCGGACUUUUGGUGACAGGUUCGAUGAAUGGCUCGGUCAUGCUGUGGGGUGUGGAGAAAGGUACCUUCGUUCGUGAUCUCGUUCGACCUCGUUCUAGUGACCCUGGCCGUUAUAAUUGGGAUCUCAAAGCCACUGAAACAUUGCUCAUUGCUUAUCGCAUCGUCGCCCAUUUGUCACCGUGCGAUUUGAUGACUUGUGCUGGCGUUUCGAGGACGUGGCAACGGAUUUGUGAAGAUGAUCAGACCUGGCGACAGAAAUGUUUCGACAACGGAUAUGUGGAAUUUGAUGUGCCAAGUUUUCGUUUUCUCGGAGGUUGGGCGGCGAAUCGAGCAAAUGAGCCAGCGGGAAUAACGAUCUGUUCACAUAUGGACCUUCAAGAAGCACAGCAGAAUCGACAGGCACGCGAGAUCGCAUAUGGACAAUGUUAUGAGCGUUCGCCAUGGAAGUCGCUGUACUUGCGAAAGAAGCGAAUCAUUUCGAAUUGGCGAUCCCGGGCGAUUCAAUCUAGCACUGUCCAAAUGAGACGAUUCGGUGAUUCGUAUCAAGUGAGCGAAGAUGGCAAAUACAUUGUCUGUGGCGAUUAUGAUGGAACGGUGGACGUUUUCUGUGGUCAAACCGGCGCACAGCUUCAUCUUUUGCGGGGACAUACGGAUUGGGUUCGAUGCAUGAGUCUACAUGGCACAACCCUUGUUUCCUGUUCGGGGGAUCGAACAAUCCGAGUCUGGGACAUUGUCGACGGAAACUGCCUUCACAUUUUGGUUGUCGAGGCUUUGUAUUGUUUGCAAUUUGAUGGAGAACGGGUCGUAUUUGAUGGCCAGGAUUUUACCGUAAAGGUUUGGAAUGUACACACGGAGGAGUGUUUGCACACGCUGACGGGUCACACGGGAGCGAUCAUUUCUCUUUUGUUUGAGUCACAGCGUGAUCUUGUCGUGUCGAGCAGUGGUGACGGAACAAUUCGGGUCUGGGAUGUGCAAAGAGGAGCAUGCAUCGCACAUCUUGUCUGGAUUCAAGAGUUAGAGUUCACAAGUUACUUUGGGAUGCAGCUUCGCGGAAACAUUUUGGCCUGGUAUUACGACUCGGACAUUUUUGUUUGGGACAUUCGUGAGGGUGACUCGUGCAUUCACCACUUACAUGGCGUAAAUGGUCAGACGUCGCUCAUCUCUUCAAUGCAAUGGCUCGACUCCGGACUUUUGGUGACAGGUUCGGAUGAUGUGGUGAAGCUGUGGGAUGCGGAGAAAGGUAUCUUUGUUCGUGAUCUCUUCGAAUCUGAUCUUCCGCCAUCGUUGAGUGGACGAAAAAGAACGGCUUCCGGUGUGGACUCAUCACAGGAUUCCUCUCGAUUCACCCAACCACCGAACAAGAAAGCGAAACAGAAUCGUCUCUCAUUGCCAGCUAAAACAACACCGUUCAAUCAAAUGCCACAGCAAAAGAAACCUCCAGGUCGGUCCUCGUCUCGAGCGAUCAACCAG